UUAAUAAACUACAAGCACAUUUAUUCACGGUCAUUGAUUGUAUGACUUUAACUGAUAGCAUAAUGCAUUAUAGCCAGGACAGCCUUACAGAGUCUUUGUGUUGCGUUGCAUCGCGUCAAGGUCUGUAUGAUCACAGAAUUCAUGGUUUACCCACCUCUCAUUUUACCACUACAACACUGCCUGUAGGCACCCAUGGUUUAGAGUUCGCUAUGGGGGGGUCAAUGGGCCCUGUGGCCUGUUCGUUUCAUUGCAGAGACCAGCGGCUCCUUAGCUGAGAGGUUCUUUUUAGCACAACACCCUUUGUUGGAGCCAUAAUGCAGGUUUUGGGGCUUUUGUUUAUUUUGAGGGAACACCGGGUGAAUCGGGACGUGCAGUUCUUGCUUUUGACCACAGGGUGGCGCAUUGACACAAGCACAGGUGUGGCUGGGAAGCAAACUGACCGUGUCGCAGCUCCAUGGAGGUGACUUCGUCUGCUGUGUGGUGCCUUUAACCGGAAGCUGUAAUGUAAUACAAGUAAAUUGGCGUUGGAAGUUAUAUGUGCGGCACAGAUUAAAGAGACCAAAAAAGACACACUGUGCACCGGACAUUGAAUCUUGUUAAUGGCAGAACACAAAUCCCAACAUGUUCCCCCCGUUCGCCCCGGAGGCUUAACACAUCCAUUGGAAAUGUGUUAGGGCCUCUGCACCCUUUCUUUUAUUAAAUACUUUUGAUUUUAACUCUUCAAUCCAAGAGGUCUUCUGUCCGUCUGGAGAUUCUUCAUUUUUGAAACACAACAAUAAAUCGAAUAUAUUACAUGAAGUACUGUUUCUACAGACUGAGAGCGGCGAUGUCUCCGGUACGGCGAUCCGUGAACAAUGCAUUGUGGGCCAUGUGUGCAGCGGAUUCCAUGGCCAUGCCGGUCCACUGGUACUACAACAUUGAUGACAUCACCAGGGAUUUCGGCGGUUGGAUCUGCGGUUUCAUGUCUCCAAGGGACCGGCACCCCUCCAGCAUCCUCAACCUGUCCAACACCGCCGGCAGCGGUCGUACCGCCUGGUCCUCCGGCACCAAGCGACCCGACGUGGUUGGUAAUGUGAUCCUUCACGACAAGCUGGACCUGUGGAAGAACUCCAGAGGAUCAGUCCACUACCACCAAGGUCUUCAGUCUGGGGACAACACCCUAAAUGUCCUCUGUUCCCUACGGGUCUUCCUGUCUCUCGUCUCGGGGGGUUUCAGCGAUGUCUCUGAGCCGGAGGCCAGAGCCGCCGUCAUGUCGGACUACGUCAGCUUCCUGACCACGAAGGGCUCGCACCGCGACUCCUACGCUGAGUCCUUCCACCGCGCCUUCUUCUCCAGCUGGCAGGAUGCCAGGCCCACCUCUCCCAGUGAGGUUCUGGCGUUUGCAGAGAAGCGAAGCAGGCGCAUGUUAAGCUCCUCCUCCCCCGACGGCCAGCUGGAUGCCAUUGGCUGCCUUCCCAUGACCCUCCCCUUCAUCCUGCUCUCCGCCUCGGCCAAUGAGGACCAAGCGGUCUCAGCUGCCGUGGACUUCGUGAAGCUCACCCACCCGCACCCGAAGGUGCCCGAGUAUGUGUCCAUCUACAGCCGGGCGCUGCACGCCGUCCUGGGCGGGGCCAGUGUGCGGCAGGAGGCGGAGCGAGCCUUGAGGAGGCUGGAGGCCUGGGAGGAGUCCCGCAGCUACGCACGCAAGGCAGCCAGGUUCCCUCGGGGCUCCGACAAGCAGCUGAAGGUCCAUCAGAGCGCCGUGAGCUACCUGGGCCUGGCUUGCUACACCAAAGGAGCUCUGUCCAGCCUGUUCUACCUGGCUCACGAGUUCCACGAUGACAUCACCGGGGGAAUCCUGGCCAACGCCAACUGUGGAGGUGAGAACUGCAACCGCGGGGCGGCGCUGGGGGCCCUGCUGGGCGCCGGGGGGGGCGGGGUCCCACAGGAGUGGAGGGACCAGCUGAGAGACGCCCAGGAGUUCAUUCCAGACGUCCUGAAGCACAUGGAGUGACCUCUAAUUAAUGCUAACAAUGAUUAAACAUCAAUCAAUGCAUCAGGCGUUCAUUUAUUGUAUCAUGAGUGUACGAGUAAUAAAAACGAGGAUCAAUUA